AUGGUUUCAACCAGCAAGCCCGUGGAUGCUCAACCGGCCGAAGGUGACAAGCCGAACGAGCUUGACGUCGACGCGCCCAGUCUACCCGACGGGAGCACCACCGACGUCCAGGAAGAUCAGAUGGACCUUGGUCCUAUGCCCAGCGAAGACGUGUCGAUCCUUAUGGACGACACGCAAAUGGAAACUCAGGUUAGCGAGAGUGCCGAGGUGGUUUCUGCCACCGAAGCUCGCUCAGCCGGAGGUUCCGAUGCCCAGCCAAGUUCGCGCUCUGAGCGCACAAAACAAAAAGCCCAGCAACGCCCAGCCGAGGUGGAACAUAGCUCUUUCAUCCUUAGUGCGGAAGAGGUGCGGGAGGAACGUUUGCGAAAAGUCAACUCUAUGGGUUAUGACGGGUUUUUCUGGACCCAAAAACCCCUGACCCUCGACCGCACUCCAAAUCUGUAUUCCCCUCAAAGCCCAGCCUGGAUUCGCAACACUCCGCCAGGACUUGCCCACCGUAACCGCAUCCCAGGUACCGGCGACGGCACUCCUGUCGCGAUGUACUUCGACUCCAUCUCCAUUCUCUCGGAGUCGGUGGUCGAAGGCGACGUCCAGCGAGCAGAACACCACAAUCUCCUGAGGACGGAGUUCUUGCUCCAGCUUCGUUUGAAGCAUAAGCCCAGCAAUAAUGAAUUUUUUGACAAGGUUCACAAAGAAGUCCUUCGUGACUUCUUGACCUUGUUCGAAAAUCACAUGUCUCACGGUUACCCGCCUGAGACUAAAGCCCAGCUGCAAUACUUUCUGCGCAAUGAAGCGUUGAUGCGUCGUAUUUCACAUGCGUUGUUCUCACGUGGAGGCAGAACAUUGCAAGAAGUCUUUCUCGCGAAAGACAAGACCAGCCAGACAGCGAAGACGAUGAGUGAGUACCUGAUGGCUUGGUUGGAUAGCGUUCUUUUGGACGAUAUCACUUCUGCCCUCCCAUUAGCGAAAGCUCUCGGCCUCACUACCAAUGUUCGCGAGGUCCUACAAGAUCUCGAGAACGACGUCCAGGCACUGGCCUGGCUCCGGUUCAUCGACGAGGCUAAUCAGCUCUUCGAUGAUGGCCUAAGUCUCAAUCUGGGCCACGCUUUCUCAGUUCUGCGUCAAGUUCAUGCACGCUUAGCUGUACAAGCUCAGGCCGACAUCGUCAAGGCUUCGGCCCGGCGAGAGCGAGACCGUCAGGCACUAGUGGCCUCCGGAGCCUUGCCUCAAGACCAGAACGUUUUUUCGGCGAAUGAUCCGGAAAAACGAAAAGCCCAGUACCGAAAAGCCCAGUCCUCCAAUUUAGAUUCCGGCAACCCUUUCCCCCAGCCCAUCUUCAACAACCCGCCGUCUCGAGGCUAUUCCGAGAACGGCAAGCAGCCACAAUUCGGUCUGUGGGAGAAGACGCCGGAUGAAGGAUUGAUCGUGAGAGGAAACAAGAUCGUCCUUUCACGCCUGUCAGCCGAGCAAAAGGAGCCAUUCACUGCCACCUACGGUAAUAAGCCCAACUACGCCACCAUCCCGAACGAGUUCGCUCGUAAAUGGGUCGGUAUCCCCGGUUUCGAGGCGCCUCCAUUGGCCGGAGAAAAGGGUUUCACCGAAUACGCCUAUUUUACGAUGGAUGAGGACCUCGAAGCUCUUAUUGCAUCGUUGGUCGAUGGCACUGAACCCCCUAUUACUUGUGUCCCUGACGGCAACGCCCAGCAACCAAAUGCCCAGCGUCGUUUUGCUGAAUUCGAGGAUAAUCCUCGUUUCAGCGAAGUCGACCAAGUCCCGAUGCGGUACCUGACCUAUCGCAUUUGGCAGGCCGCUGUACGCCCAGCACAUCGAGUGGAUCAAUCGCUCGAGGCUUAUAAAGCCGACCCCAAUGCGACUUAUAUCGCAGAAAGCCCAGCCUUGCACAAUAUAUGGUUACUCGGUAACGUGGUUUAUCCAUAUAUGCGCAUUGAAGCACGCCCAGAUGACCCCAAACGCCAAGCAAUGUUUCAUGAAGGUCUUCACUUGCCCCAUCCUCGGUACCGUCUAUCUCACGGAUUGCUGAAAGGCAUGGGUGGAUACGUCGGUGGCCGAACCUGGGGUUACAAAGAUGAGGCCUCCAUGAUUCAAGCCUUUGAAUUUAUUUGCCAAGACCUCGUCGAUCUCGACUUCAACGUGGGAUUUGCCCUGCACUACAUCGGCAGAAAUGGCAACACCCCCGAAGUCGUCCGUAUCGCCGUUGGUCACUUCAUUGGCAACGCCCAGAAAAAAGACCAGCAAAAUGACCAGCAUUACGGUGUUCCAGAUCGUAACUGCUACGAGGCCCUCGAGGAUUACCUCGCUUUCGGCGAGUACGCGAAGAAGGACAUCCCCAGCCAAAGCCAGGCUGAGAACACCGUCUGCUGUUGUGCUGGCGAGUCAAGCUGCACACACAGCCCAGAAGUCUGCCUCGGCCUCAUGAGGUCCAGCGUCAUGCUGGCCGUUGCCCGGGAGCAGAUGGUAUGCCCAGGUAAUAAUGAAGCCCAGUCGUUUGCUUGUGCUCGUAGUGUUAUCUGGAUUCGCCAGCAACCUAUGAAGCACAAGUUUAACAAAUGCCCAGCAAAAACCGCGAUGCCCAAGUGUCCCUAUUGCGGCUCACAGCAUCGCGAAGCAUGGUGUCGCGUCCGAAAGUUGCAAUUGGGUCUGUUCGACCUGAGCGGCGACGAGUACGACCAUGCCACGCUCUACGAUCUCCUGCGACAUGACCGCGUUCGCUUUCCGAACAUCGGCGGCACCAUGUUCCAGGAGCACAAAGAGCAUGGCACACCAUUGAUUCUCAACGCUCAGAUGUUCCGCGAACAAAAAGUCCAGGAGGCGGUGCGCCAAGCCACCUUGAACGCCCAGCCAAUCGCCGAGGAUCAUCCUAUGGCAGACGCCCAGCAAGACCCUCCCGCGCCAGCCCUGACCGAUGAGUACAACCUCUUCGAUCAGUUGCUGGAAAACGUGGCUGUCCAACAUGGUCUUCCCCCAAAGUCUGCCUUCGAACAUGCUAUUGAUGUUCUUCCGCCAGUGGUGGUUGAAACGGAGGCAGCGCUUUACGCCCAGCAAACCGGCUCGAGCCAUGCUCGCCACCCAAGCCCAGCUCCUGGCCCGUCGUCUUCUACUUUAGGCACCUUCACCCGGCAGAAGUCGUAUCGUAACCGCAACUCGGAGAACGACGAUCGCCCGGCGAAGAAGACCUACCCUCCCCGAAAAAGUCAGGGAGGUUCGCGGGCGCCCAGCCGCUCCAAGUCGUCGGCAACGACGCGAAGCCCAGCUUCUCAGCAACCGACUUCCUCCUCGUCGCUUAGCGGCCACGGAAGUCGGCCCAACACGCCCAGCGUUCGCCAGCCAAACCGUCAUUCCUCUCAGGGCAACCGUCGCGGCGGCGGACAUGCUGGCGGUCAACCGUUUGUUGGCCGCGGCAAUUUCCAGGGCAAGAACCUA